GUCGUUUCUCUGCUCUAUUUUUCAUUCUUUUUUUUGAUCUUUUCUUUUUCGUUUCCUUUUUUCUUUUGUUGUCCUAUCCAGCCUCGCAGCCCCGAAUACUAGUUAAUAGUAGAUUAUCGAUAAUUACCACCUCUAUCCGUCCAAGAAAUCAUAUUUUGAAGCCAAUUCCAUUCGUCUCCCGAUCGCAAUUCUUAUUCUUUUUUCCCGUUCAUACAGCCACCACGACUCUCGACGACUCUCCGUCCUUGCUGUCACUCUCGCAGCUGUAUAUACUUCUUUGUACGGAGUACUGACGUAUAAACUUGUUCUGCAACGCCGAGAGUUGCACUCUAGGCAGCAUUGUACAGUGUUUUUGCCGCCCUCUGUACAUUUUGUCCUUCUUUUCCCUUGCGUUCGACAAUAUACGUAUAGAGUGAACUAGAGUAUCAGAAGAGAAGAGCCGUCACAAUGUGGAUCAUUUCAUUUUGGAUAUUUCCGGUCAUAUCAGCAUGCAUGUGGAUAGCAAUGCUACUUGCCAUGUUGGGGAAUUGGGCAGUAAAAGGUGCACCGAUCUAUUCUAGUAUGGAAGAGGGACAGACAAUUGCGUACAUCUCUGAUAUUGGUGCACAGGGUCUAAAACCCCUGUUCAUCACUGGGAGUGUAAUCACAGUUGUAUUCCUGGAUUUGGCGUUUGUUUCGGAACGGUGGCUGCGACACGCUGGCCAAUUGGUGCCGAACAAAGGUCGGUUUGACAAAGCUUGCGCCAUUCUUUCGAUAUUCUUCUCGAUUGCGGGUGCCUUGGGGCUCAUUCUGUUGUCAAUCUUCGAUACGUUGCGCCACCCGCACAUGCACGAUGGUUUCCUGGUCAUGUUCUUGGUUGGUUACAUUUUAAGCGCGAUCCUGAUCUGCGCCGAGUACCUCCGCCUGGGCAUUUUCUACCGCUCACAGCAUCGAGUUCUAUUUGCCAGCUUUGUUAUCAAACUCACCUUCAUCGUGGUUGAGAUUGCCCUCGCGAUUGCCUUUGGCGUUCUCGGCAGGCAAGGUCCAAGCAAAAGGAAUGCGGCGGCUGUUUUGGAAUGGGUAAUCGCCCUCAUCUUCACAUUCUACGUGCUUUCCUUCGUCGUUGACCUGUUGCCAUCGGUGCGCACUCGCCGUCACGUUCCCCAAGGCGAGAAGCGGAUCGUGCAGUCUGAAAUGGAGAACGGUGUGAGCCAGCCGAAUGCGACAAUCGAGGAGCCGUUAACGACAGAUUCAGCCGGGCCUAAUAUGGAUUCUAACUAUUACCGUGGCCAGCGCAUGUAACGAAUGGGCUUGCUUUUGAUAUUCUUGCUCUCUAGAGGUGAUUGCAUUUACGGUGCAUUGGGGCCCUGUACUAUAUACCUAUCUAUAUGCCUGUUACUUUAAUACCCGU